GUAUAUCCGUGAUUGUUGGGGAGGCAAGAGCCGUUUCAUUCGUGAUGCGUUCAUGGACAGCCGUAACGCCUGCAUUCACCUCAAGAACACACAGCAAGCGGACGAUCGACAGAAGCAUAAGCAUAAGGCUGAUGCACGCACGUCUUUGAGAACACUCAUUGUCCACGGGGAUUCCUAUUUCUUUGGGCUUCCAGACGAAGAAAGUUUAAUUUGGGACGAUGAUUUCCGGUGGCGGCGUAGUGACGGGCUCCUGCCCAGCUGUGAAGAUUUUGACUGGCUCGUCGACUACUUAGUGGAAGAAGCAAACACCACAGCAGAUAAUGAAACUGUAGGUGACGCUCUGCUUGCGCUGAGUGCCAUGCCCAAUCUAAGGAGCUCCACCAAGCGUCAUUCCUACAUCACAGCGCUCAUCCGUUGCAUGGACCCCGCCAGACCUCCCCGUGUCCGACAUGCUGCACUACGAGCCAUUGAUGAUGCUCGAGAAGAAUUGUCAUCUAUGACAAAUGAGUCAAUACCACAGGGUGUGGAUGCAGCACUCCUGGACAAGCUUUCUUGUGCUAUUUUGACUGCCGUACGUCCAAAUCACUCGCAGGACCAGACAGUCCAAGCUAGUGGACCCGACACUUCGUUUCACGAAGGCCGAGAUGCUUGCUACUCUCGUCUUAUUUUUGCUCUUUUACAGAAUGAUGAGUGGCGCAAACGUCUGACCCGUGAUGGUCAUUUCGAGCAUUGCGUUUUUCUAGCCAAGGACGUCUUUAAACGCUACGCUCGGCUUGCCGGACGCUACUUUGCUGGGAUCUUCGCAUAUAUCAAUCCCUCAGACAAGGUUCUUCCUCUCGGCCCUGCCCAGAAGAGGUGGCAGGCAUUCAUCAGGGUGAGAUGGGACGACGCACGCUACGGAGUUUACACAAACGUCGACCGUUCUCACGAAAAGCUAACCGGACUCACAAGAGGUGUGUAUAGGGCUUUGGAAUCAAUGCAAAGGAGGAAAGAUUCCCUUGUGCUUUAUGGUGUCAGUCUAGAUCAGGUUUUAUUUGAUGCUGCCCUAUCUUCCGUACAGGGCUUGUAUGACGAUUUGCGCCGUAUGAUCGAGGACCCAAACGCUUUGCAGACGGACAAUGCGUCUUUGGAGUCUUGAAGGCAAACCGUUAU